AUGGCCGACGACUUUUACGUCCGGUACUACAUCGGCCACAAGGGGAAGUUCGGGCACGAGUUCCUGGAGUUCGAGUUCCGACCCGAUGGGAAGCUUCGAUAUGCGAACAACUCCCAAUACAAGAACGAUCGCAUGAUCAGGAAGGAGGCGUUUGUAUCGCAGCUUGUGAUUGAUGAGCUCAGGAGAAUGAUCGAAAAAUCGGAGAUAAUGAAGGAAGACGAUACAAACUGGCCCCACCCUGAUCGCGUUGGGCGCCAGGAGCUGGAGGUUGUGCUUGGGAAAGAGCACAUAUCGUUCUCAACAACCAAGCUUGGGACGGUCCUCCAAAUUGCACAAAGCAAGGACCCAGAGGGGCUGAGGGUGUUUUACUAUUUGGUGCAGGAUUUGAAGUGCCUGGUCUUUUCACUGAUGAACUCGCAUUUCAGAAUACAGCCGAUUCAGAGAUGA